GAUAAUAAAUAUUCAUUAAAAGUACAUUUAUGAAAAGAAAAUGUCGUAAUUGUGAUACUGAGUUACUAUUCAAGAAUGGUAACUCCCAAGUUAAUGAAAAAAAGAAAGCCACAAAAACUGUCUACUAAAGUACCCAUCUCGUGGGGAUCAAAUAAUAUUUUUAGUAUGAGAAUAAAUUAAAUAAAGCAUUGUGUUAAUAUGUGUUUACUAAUUAUAACUUUUAUGUUAGUUUCUUUAGGUAAGACUGCCACAAGCGUAACUCAAAAUAAUGUUCUGUUUAUUAUUGUUGACGAUUUGCGCCAUCUUUCGAAAGAAACCAUAAACUUACCAAAUAUUCAAAGCAUAGCAAAAAGCGGCGUUUACUUUAACAAUGCUUUUUCACAGCAAGCUCUUUGUGCUCCAAGCAGAAACUCAAUGCUAACUGGCCGUCGGCCGGAUACUCUUCGGCUAUACGACUUCUCCUCAUACUGGCGGGACACUGUAGGAAACUUUACUACCCUACCGCAAUUCUUUAAGGAAAAUGGUUACGAAACAUAUUCAGUUGGUAAAGUUUUCCAUCCGGGACCGUCUUCGAAUUUCAAUGACGAUUAUCCCCUAAGUUGGACUCAUUUCCCUUACCAUCCUUCAACUGACAAAUAUAAGGAUGCUGCUGUAUGUAGAGACACGACUUCAAAAAAACUUCAAAAGAACCUGAUUUGUCCCAUUGACAUUUUCAAUCAACCAGAAAAGACUUUACCAGAUUUAGAGACGCUAGAGUACGCUACAAACAUCCUUUCGAAUAGGAACUCUAGUACUCCAUUUUUCUUAGCCGUCGGAUUUCAUAAGCCUCAUAUACCGUUAAAAUUUCCCAAACAGUACUUAGAGAAGAUUCCAAUCAAUAAAGUGAAACCGCCGAAGCAUCCUAACAUGCCACAUAAUUUGCCACUGGUGGCCUGGCACCCAUGGACAGACAUAAGGAAAAGAGACGACAUAGCACGACUGAACAUUUCCUUCCCUCUUGGGCUGAUGCCUAGCGAGUGGUCCUUGAAAAUCAGACAGAGUUACUAUGCGGCUGCUUCGUAUGUUGACGAUUUAAUUGGCGCUUUAUUAAGUUUCGUCGAUAGGAGGAAAACUAUAGUAGUUUUGACGAGUGAUCACGGUUGGUCUCUAGGCGAAAAUGGUUUAUGGGCAAAAUACAGCAAUUUCGACGUGGCGCUAAAAGUUCCGUUAAUAUUUUCUGCUCCGGGAAUCGCUAGAAGCAUUGUACAUGCUCCUGUAGAACUUGUCGAUAUUUUUCCGACUUUGGUUGAUUUGAGUGGAAUAGCCAACAAUAUUUCUAAGUGUCGAAACAAUGAAAAGUCUCUUUUAUGCUUCGAAGGCAAGAGUUUAAAAUUGUUAAUGAUCGAGGGCUCCCAAAAACCUGGUAAUUAUCUUGCUUUUAGCCAAUACCCUCGGCCCAGCGCCUACCCACAGAACAAAUCAGACAAACCACGCCUGAAAAACAUCAAAAUAAUGGGCUACAGUGUAAGGACAAAAAGAUUCAGAUACACAGAAUGGGUAUCAUUUAAUAACAAAUUAUUUACAAUAGAUUGGAACAUAAUUUAUGGCUUAGAACUAUAUGAUCACAUUAUAGAUUCUGAGGAAUCAAACAAUCUAUAUUUAGUACAUAAAUACAAAAAUAUUAAACAAUAUUUAUCUGGUUUGCUAAGGGCACAUUUUAAUAGAAAGAAUACACACUUGUAUUAAUUUAUUUAUAAAUAA